AACACGGCGACGUAGAUCAUGGCGUCAUCAGAGAUCCAUCGAGGUUGGGGGUCCGCGCGCACCCGUCCGUCCGUCCGUCCGUCCGUUACUCUCUCCAGCUGGCCCCCAGAGCCAUCUUUACCGUCAAUAUGAUUGAAGGUCCUUUCCCUCGUUUUUGAAAAUAGAUAUUAUUAUUUAUCGUAGUGCUUAGCGAGUUAUUUCAGUGGCAGAAAACUUUCCGACAUCAUGGAGCCAAUGACUCUAGGUUCGCCGAUGCACAGUCCUAUUCAAGGCCCUGGUAGUCCAGGUAGUUCUUCGUAUUUGCCAAGUUUCCUUUUGGGUGACACCAACACCCCCUCAAAGAUCAAUAUAAUGAGCCCUCAAGAUAAUCCACGCCAUUUGAAUAUCACCAAUGCCAGCCUGAUGUCUCCGGUGUCCUAUGGAUCUCCAGAUUAUCGGUCUAAUCGUCAGAAGGCGGUAUUCGGAAACACUACAACCCCUACCACGCCGCAAAUAAGUUCAAAAAAUCAUACCGGUGGGCCGCCAACGCGCGGACUGUUCGACACUCUGGAAGUCCCGCACGUGUUAACGUCGCCUACGUCAGCCGCAAUUCCAGCUAUCCCGAUCACGCCUGCAAAUCAAUCUAGACUCAUGACAAGCGCGUUAAGCAGUCCGCUGAUGUUUCCCGACAGUUCGAUAAAUUUGAACACUAGCGAAUCCCAAAGUUUGCUGCAAUGGGUAACCGUUUUCGGCUUCCAGCCGAUCGAUGUCAACGCCGUUCUAUCUCACAUCUCCAGCAGAGUUCGCAUAAUGGAUAAACAUCCGGCUCCACAGCUCCAGAGCAACUGGAUACACCUGAAGUGCGCGUCGGAGCAGGAGGCGCAAAAGGCUCUCAUGUGCAAUGGUAGUAUUGUCUCGGGCACGAUCAUGAUCGGCGUCAUACCGUGUACGGACGAGGGCGUCGUCCUGGGCUGCGACAAGGAGAAUCGUUCCAAGCUGAACGGAAGUAUGAGAUCGCUCUCGAUGGGCAGAAUCAGCGAAACCCCGUUCACAUCGCCUACCAUGAGACGACGGAAACUGAGAGCCUUAGCGGCAGGUUACAGUCAACACUUUAGCCCGCAGACCACGCAACUGCCGGAGAAUGUUCCACAGAAGUCCGCCAGUUUAGUUUCAAAAGCAAUGGAAUACAUGUUUGGUUGGUAGUUGGUUUUUUUAGUAAUAAUUAUACACCGAACUUUGCUAUUGUGAAAUAUAUUUAAAAAUGUAGAAAAAAAUCAUAAGACAUUAAUAUUUGGAGAUUUUUAUCUAAAAAUUUUAACUUGAAGCUUGAAGAAAAUUAUGUUUUGCAAAAUAAAUUUUUCCGUAAGCUUAAAAUUCAUUACGACAUGGGCGUUUCUACAAAGGCUGUUACUGUUUUAAGAUUAUUAUGCUAUGCAUAUUGUAAGAUGUUAUAUUUGUAUGUAUCUUUACAAUUAUAGAACGACUGAUAAUCAGA